GUAAAUAAAGGUGAUAGGAGACAUCCCUGUCUCUCUCCGUUGGGGUACCUCGGCACGUCCCCGCAAGGUCCUCGGUCGUGGCUAUCGAUAGGUACGACAACAACUUACCUAUAGGCGUUUCAUUGUCCAAUUGCUUUUACAUCCAACUUUCUUGUAUUAACAAUUGUAGACAUGACAAGUUGUUUUCGAUAGAGAAGAGCGAAGCGAUUUUUUAUUUUCUUUCGUCAUUUAAUAAAUAAGAUACAGGUACCUACCUAUAACCUAUUACGCGGUAGAUAACACAACAUAACACAACAUAUCAUAACAUAACAUAUCGCAACACCAUGGCAGACGAAACAGCUCUCGCAGACUUCCCAUCGCUCUUCUCCCUUAAGGGUAAAGUCGCCGUCGUUACGGGCGGUUCGCGAGGUCUCGGUCUGAACGCAGCUUCAGCCCUCCUCCAAGCCGGGUGCUCCAAAGUCUUCAUCACCUCGCGCAAAGCCAAGGCCUGCGACCAGGCCGUCGCGCAGCUCAACCGCCUGCCGAACCUGCAGCCCGGCGCGCGCGCCGUCUCCGUCCCCGCCGACAGCAGCACCCUCGCCGGCGUCGAGUCGCUCGUGGCCCAGGUCGCCCAGCACACGGAGCACGUGGACAUCCUGCUCGCCAACGCCGGCGCCACCUGGGGCGAGGCCUUCGACACCCACCCGGCGAGCGCGUUCCGCAAGGUCAUGGACCUCAACGUCACGGGCGUGUUCCUGGCCGUCCAGAAGUUCGCCCCGCUCCUGCAGACCCGCGCCACCCUCGACGACCCCAGCCGCGUCAUCGUCACCGCGAGCGUCGCCGGCCUCGGCAUCGGCGCCACCGGCCCGCAGGCCACCUUCGGCUACAGCGCCAGCAAGGCCGCCGCCAUCACCCUCGCGCGCAACCUCGCCGUCGAGCUUGGCCCCCGCCACAUCCUGGUCAACUCCAUCUGCCCCGGCUUCUUCCCGACGAAGAUGGCGAACGGCCUGUUGGAGAUGACGGGCGGGCUGGAGAAGCACGCCGCCCGCAGCCCGAACAAGCGCCUUGGCAGGCCUGAGGACAUCGCUGGCGUCGUGGUGUACCUGGCGAGCCGCGCGGGGUCUCACGUAAACGGCGCGACGAUACAGAUUGACGGUGGCGCGCUGUGGAAAACUCUCACCCUGCAGGACGAGCCGGUGGAUUCUAAGCUAUGACUUAUACGUAUAUGUGCCUGUAUUGUACCUCUAUCAGUAGUAAUAUCGGGGAGCGUAGCGAAAAGUUUCAUCCUUGGGAUUUAAUGACAUUUGAGCCAUUG